AUGGAUUCUGGAGUAGGAGGUGUGUCUAAGGCCUCCAUGGUUUACCCUGAGGGUAAGGUGUAUAAUUUUAUAUUCUUCUCUCUUGUCCCAAAUACUGGUGUGUACCAUGCAUCUUUCCAUGAAUUUAAGAUUCUUUUCAAUGUGAGGGCGAGGGUGGUUCCUGAUGAAUCUAAGUUAAUUCCAAUGAAUGGACUGUAUCUUAAAAACUCAGCUAAGCUUGAAUUGACAGUGGGAGAAUGUGACUUUUUUUUUAUCUCAAAUGGCUACAUCAUUGCAAGAGGUGGUGUAUGUGUUAUUGAUGUGGUUGUAUCUCAUUCAUUCUGUUCAUACAGCUUUUUGAUCAUGGUUGUCUUUGUGGUUCCCAAGUCUGACAAGUUCGUCACUUUCCGAUUGAAGGUUGAGCCAAAGGUCCUAUAUUGGCCAGUGAAUGAGCAAUUUUGUGAUUGGUGGAAAAAGAAGUUCGUCAAUGGAAAAGUGGUGCAAGGUUGGCUCUUCAUGGCAUCGAGGCGGACAUGCCAUUGGCUGAAUCAGAAGAUGAUGAUGAUUUUCACAUAUCAGAAGGAGGAGUUUUUAACUCUUUAUCCUAGGAAGGAUCUGAAAGAGCUCAAUGAGACUGAGGAGGAUGGUGUGUUUACGGUUGUAGCACGAGUUACUGGCCUUGCUAAAGGGGAGAAGUGGUGGUACUCUGCAUGCAGUUGCCACAAGGCAGUAACAAUUGAGGAUGGAACAUUUUACUGUUCUGGUUGCUGCAAACCUGUACUGUCUGUAACUCUUAGGUGA